UGUGUCAGGGGGUCUAGGGGUGAAGGCAGGCUGCAAUGUCUGUGGAGAAAGAGCUUCCGUUCCUGUUUUCACACCCGGGCCGGAAAGUACGGAGUAAGCAGCUUAGGGAGCCGCGGGGACGCAGUAAGGCCCGGAUACCGGGCACCCGUAGGAAGCCCCGCCGGGACCAAAGGCGGUCGCCACCGGAGUCACAGUGCAAGAAGGCGCAAGUGCGAGAGAAAGAGAAGGUGUGGAUACCUUGGAAUGGACUCAUCGUGAUUGGGAAGAGAGUGGAACUCUUGGAUAGAAACGUGCAAAAGUCUAACCCAAAGUUGGAAUCUGAGUACUGGAAGCUGGAGGGCGCCGGGAAGAAAUUCUCAAAAGAGAAAUCAGGCCUGCAACAGGAGACGGUGGACGGGAAGCUCUUGAACAGUGUAGGAAGGACGGUGCAGGCUCCAGCAGGUUUGGAGGAUGACAGCCCAGAGAAGACUUGGAGAGAGCUGGAGGACAGACUCAAAGCUGGUGUACCCAAAAGCGCAGAGAUGACUGCAGAGCGUGAAGAAAACGUGAAGUCUACCUCUAGGGACACUGGAGGGGACUUGAGGUCUAGAGGGGAUCAACUGAGGCAGAAUGAGGAAUUAGAGUCGAGUGGAGAGAACUUGAUGUCCAAGAAAGAGAAACGGACAUCCAUUGGAGAGAAGACGGUAGGCAGAAGAGAGAAGCGGAGGUCUACUGAUGAAAAAAUGGACAGUAGGGAGAGGCGGGGGUCUGUUGUAGAGAAAAUGGACAGUAGAGAGAGGCGGGGGCCCAUCAGAGAGAAAGCGUUGGACAGUGAAGAGAAGAGAGGAUCCAUUAGAGAGAAGGCGGCAGAGAGUAGAGAGAGGCGGGGGUCCGUCAGAGAGAAGGUGUCAGACAGUGGAGAGAAGCGGGGCUCCAUCAGAGACAAGAUUUCCGACACUAGAGAGAGGCGAGGGUCCAUCAGAGAGAAGGUGUCAGACAGUGGAGAGAGGCGGGGGUCCAUUAGAGAGAAGGUGUCGGACAGUGGAGAGAAGCGGGGCUCCAUCAGAGACAAGAUUUCUGACACUAGAGAGAGGCGAGGGUCCAUCAGAGAGAAGGUGUCAGACAGUGGAGAGAGGCGGGGGUCCAUUAGAGAGAAGGUGUCAGAGACUAGAGAGAGGCGGGGGUCCAUCAGAGAGAAGGUGUCAGAUAGUGGAGAGAGGCGGGGGUCCACCAGAGAGAAGGUGUCAGAGAGUAAAGAGAGGCGGGGGUCCAUUAGAGAGAAGGUGUCAGACAGUGGAGAGAGGCGGGGAUCCAUCAGAGAGAAGGCGAAAUUGAGUAGAGAGAAAUUGAGGCCCAGUGGAGAGAAACUGAGACCUGGUGAUAAAAGUUCAAGAUCCACUGAAGAUAUACUGGAGUCAAAUAUUGAGGAAUUGGAGUCUGAUGAGGUGAAGCUGGAAGAGCAUUCAAGAACAGGAAGUGCCAUCGAAGAGACUAUUGAAAGAGUGAUAAAUAUUACUGGUGGUGAAAGUUUGAUGGAAAAUAUGAGUCAGGAAAUGCAAAUUCCUUCUGAAAGUGUGCAAGACAUAGAUGACCACGAAGGAGCAGAGGAAGGGGUGGAGAUUGACCGUAAUAUCUUGGAUGGAGUGAGCGAGACUGCUGAUGAAUCUGUUCCUAAGGAAGAGAAAGACACUCUUGGAGAGAGCUCCAAAGAAUCAGGUGGAUGAAAAUGCAAGGAGACAAUAGAGCUGAGGACUUUGUUGGUCUUGAAAGGGUGAAUAUGAGUGAGGAGUCUGGACCUCAAAGGAGCAUGGGAAAGGAACUGCAGGAGCCACUGGGCAUGGAGGCCCAGCCAGUGUCAGUGGACGUGAAGAAUGGGAGGACAAAGAAAACAUUUUAAGGAGAAAGAAACGAUUUGGGAGUGAAUGCUAAGAAGACGGACACUGACUGUUUCCUGCUUGAAGAACCGUUUGAGAAAUGGGUCUAGGGUGGCUGGAUUUUGACAGAUAUGUACAUGGUCAGGGGUACGAGAUGUAGGAGAAGGUCCAAAACAGAUUAGAGCUGGAUAAAGGUUUGAUGUUGAGGGCCGUGGGAGAAGCAGCAAAGAAGGAGGUGACUGAAACAGACACCAAAACUGAGGGGCUCCAGCCGGGAGAAACAAGGGGAGAGGAGCGAUGGAAUGAAAGAUGAAGGACACCACAAGCCACACCCUGCCACAGUGCUUAGGCCCAUGUCUUCCUGAGACCAUCAUUUGAAGAUUCCUCUGGUGAGUCUGUGAGCUGAGGUGUUGUCGUCUCUUUAAGAGACACCUUCCUAGGCACAAGGCAAAGACUCAGCAUUUGCCCCUGUAUGGGAAAUGAUCUACACUUCUGGAAGUAUAGCUGCUGAUGAAUCACCAGAUUUCUGUUCCUUGGCUGGAUCACUCACCUGAGAUAUCAGAUGUAUUCCACCAGAUCCCAGACACCAGUGAAAAUCAAGCUACUAUGACAGAUGACAAAUGCCACCUGCCUCGAAAGUGCAGUUCCUAAGACUUCCAGACUAGACCUGCUCAGCAGCGCUCUCCUGACACCUUCUGCUCCUGCACCUGGGCUUACACCACAGAACACCCUUUCCUGAGGCCUUCCUCUGAAUCAAAGCAGGAUACCCAGACAUACCAGUGGAUGAAGGCCCGCUCCCUCAGAGGAGCCACUUGGUCCAAAGGCAUUUGGAAAACAGAAGAAAUACAACAGAGAAGUUUUAUUAGCCUGUCAAAGUUUCUGGUAUGUGGAUUAUUAUUCUGUCUCAAAUUUUGCUGCUACUCGAGAAGUUUUGACUUAGCGAAGAAAAAAACCUAGACUCCCAGCCUGUUGUUGCCCUUGCCUUAGUACUUGAGAUGUGGAUUUGGACUUGGUGUCAAAUAGCCAUCCCGGCUGCUUGCUGAGCAUCAGUAGGGCCCACCCUCAGCCUCGGGCCACACCCAGUCAGGUGUCAUCAGGCCUAGCAGGAAGACUGGAGCCCUGAGAAGGAUGUGGAACCAGGGUGGGAAGAAAGAGGCAAGGCACUGUUUAGGGGAAGGACAGGAGGAAUAGUCCAUCUUCUGGGCAAAGCAGGAGGAAGGUCUUUAAUGAAACAUCUCAGAGAACAGGGUGGAUCUGCAUAACCACCCCAGAUCCAAGGCACAGAGGAGGUUUGAAAUGUCCAGGAUAAAUAGUACCUGUGGGGGGGAGAAAGAGCCAGCUCCUCCCCUUUUAGUCUUACUAAACAGUCUCACUGUGGGCACCAAAAUAUAUUAAUAUCUGUACAUUUGUCAUCUUAAAAAAAAAGAAGAAAAUAAAACCUCCUUGGCA